AUGGGUGAUCCUGUGCUGGUGGUAGUGGUGGUGGUGGUGAAGAUGAAGGUGGUGGUGGUCAUAAGAGUGGACCCUGGGUAUUUUAGAGGAGAGGAUGGGUUUUGGGACCUUCUAGAUGAUACAGAGUCUAUGGAGGAUGAUGACUUUUUUUGGGAUGAGUACCUGGAUGAGGAUGAGGAAGAGAAAACACUUUUGCAAAUGUAUCCAUUUAAAGAUUCAUUUGUGGAAGAGAAAGUGUAUCUAAAAGAAAAGGAGUUUCAGAAGCAUCUGGAAAAGGAACUCAAGGCAGUUGCCACAUCAACAGGCCAGCUCAGCAUUAGCUCAAGGAGCCCGGUUCCCAGCACCUCUUACGUGGGGGUGCCUCUCUUGACUGUCACUGACCACGACCAGAGUUUUACUACAUCUAGGUACCCGAGUUGGUCAAGACUCCAAAUCUUCCUCAGAGAUCAGAGCAGUCAGACAGAAUGGCCCUACAAGAGCAAGUUGGGCUCGGAAAGCUUCAUUAACGGGACCAUUUUGAGCACCUUAAUGAAUGAGACUUUUGACAAGAACCAAGAGGAAACCCUUGAAUCUAUUUCCAACAGCUAUGACUCCAUGUUUAUGGAGAUACUCAGUGAGCUGGCAGUCCACCACAAACUGGAAGAGGACUUGGACAUGCCCCCGAGUAAGGUCAUGAUGGGCAACAGUAAGAGGAAGCUGGGAAUCUUGUUGAAAAAAAGUUUUGAAAAAUACAGACAAACACUUUUAUGGAUUGUGAAAAAACGUAGAGGGAGUGAGGCCCAAACUACAGCAUCCACUCCCUCCAAGACCCUAAGGCAUGGUAGCCAUCUGCAGAAAGAACAUGAAGGUGACGGACAAUCAAUUCCCUACCAUAGUGGAAUACCCUUCAACCUAUUUUUUCCUGAUGGCACAGGUCAAAUAUACUAUCCGUCAGGGAACCUGGCUCUUCUCAUCUCCUACAGUUCAGUCACAAAGGUGACGUAUAUUGUUCUGGAAGACUGUGUAGAAACAAAGAUCUGUGGCUUUGCCAACAGUUCUGGCCAUGUCACCUUCAACGACGAGACAGGAAAGCUAUGGUUGAGCCUGAGCAAAAUCCUAGGCUACUACUUCCCUAAAAACAAGCCCCAUAAGGCCUGGAACUGGUGGAACCUGAGCUUGCAUGUUCAUGCGCCCCCUGUGGUAUGCAUCACUCUGGAACUCAACAAGUACAUCCACAUAGAAGUAAAGAGCCAGGACACGGUCAUGUUCUACUUCUGCAGCCCCAAACAGAAGCGGAUUUGUUUUAACAUGGGCUCCAGGUUCAAGUCAGUAAGACCGAAACUACUUCAAGCCAUGAAGAAGAAGUCAGUCCUGGAGACAGACCCCCACCCAAUGUCAUGGAAGAUCCAAGCCCUUCUGGGAAAAAUAAGUAGGCAGCUGAGUCUCUCCACCCUGUCUGAGUUGGAAGACUUCAUAGCAGUCACCCAGGUGGCACUCGAGGACCUCAAUGCAAACAAAUCAAGACUCUGGUCCUAG